AUGGUGGAGAGCGUGCUUCAGUUGAGGCGCGGACGCCGUUCCGUGCUCUUCUUCUCUUCUUCGAUUUGUUCCCGUUUUUCUUUUUCUUUUUUUUUUUUGUUUUCUUUUUCUUCAGGAUAAACAAUCCAAAUUCGUGACCUUUCUCUUUCAACGUUCGAUCGAACGUGAACGAGUUCGCAGCUGUUGAGGUGCAAGGAUAACACGAUCUUGAAAAAUGACGGAUCAACCAGCUAGCAAAGGACCGCCAAGUGCUAUCAUGCUGGUAUUCUCGGUGCUUACACACAUCCUGUUACUAGCACCAGUAAUAUACAUCGUGACUUUGGCUUUUGAGAAGUACAGCUUCUUCUCGUGGCAUCCGAUUUGCAUGACCGUCGGAGUCGGUCUUCUGAUAACCGAGGCGAUAUUCAACGUUUCCGGCGAAGCUUACGUCGGCUGGAAGGUGUCCCGAGUCAACCGAGUGACUCUCCACUGGAUCCUGCACACAUUGGGUCUAGGAUUAGUGUUAGUCGGCCUGAUCAUCAUCGUGGUGAACAAGACGGUGAACAAUCGUUCACACUUCAUGACGCCUCACUCGAUCCUCGGCUUGGUCAGCAUCAUCCUCGUGUUUUUGACAGCAGCGUUCGGCGUCGUCACCAACAACUCCAGAUGGUUGUACCCGCGGUUCAGGCCGGUCCUCCUGAAGAUCGUGCACGCGUUCGGCGGCAUUGUCGUGACGAUCCUCUUGCUUGCCACGCUGAUCACGGGCACUUACACGAAAUGGUGGCCCGGCGGCUACACCGGAAGAAGCCUAACGUUCACCGCGUUCUUCAUCGCUGGCUUUUUUAUCCUCCUGAAGCCGGUUCUCGGCGCUGUCUCGAGGAGCAGAGUGGUCUUCGGCCCGCCACCUUCUGCCACCACGUAAUAAUCGCGCGAAUACGUAUACACCGGCUGCGGUUUAGGCGAAAGGCCUCUCACUUCAUUCGAUUUGACGGAUUUAAUUCCAAAUGAAUAAUUAGGAAGUCCGUCUCGAAAUGGAUUGUCUGCAAUACAGUAGGUCGCUUAAAUGUUUCAAACUGUGAUGAUACGGAAAUUAUAUCGCAUUCGAUCGAAGUGACGAGGAAACGAUGAAUUAACGAUGGAUUUUGUGAGUAAGUGGUUUUUUUUCUUUGUUUUUUUUUUUUUUUUAUGUGUGUGCAAUUGAAAAACACGCUGCAAGAUCUUGAAAUGAUCUUUAAUUAGAAUUGCAUGAUUGUAAUUUUCAGCAAUUUUUGAAUGAAAUCCUUCACACGUUAAAGAGAAGCAAGUAAUUCUCAAUGAUCAGCGAGGAAAUUCGAGAUUCCUUCUUUGUUACUAUAAUGAGAGAACAGCGAGUAAAAUAUUUUUCGUAUCAUCGCAGAAAAAAGACAUUUAAGUGUGUCUUGUUUUAAUUGAAACGUCCUGUAUAUUUGAGGGUAUAGUGUAGCUAACGGCAUUGUGCUACAUAAGUGCAGUGUAGUGCAAUACUAAAACGUCGCACAGUAUAGUACAGUACUGUUUUAUGGCAAUGAAACGACUGCUGCCGUAACAUUGUACGUUAUACCGCAUAUUGUUGCAGCAAUAUUGUAUAUUAUACUAUACAAUACAAAAAUAUAACAGCAUUGAAUUUUGUCAACUAACAUGAUGCUAUGAAAUAUUUUCCUACGCCGUAUAGCGUAAUAAAUGAAUAACCUAGCAUAGCAGAGCUCCAUUUGUACGAAGGGUUGAUAUGAAAAUUGAAAUGUUUCAUAUAAUGGUAACGUUGAUUUUUCGUUUCGAGCAAUAAGAUUUCAGGUUAUUUCAUCGAGUAAUAAUUAAAAUUUGAAAUUCUGCUGUACGCGUUAACAGAACAUAUCUAUUCUAUACUGUAAUACACAAUGUUACAGUAAUAUCUCGCCGUACUAUAUGAUAUAUAGUAUAAUACUGUAAUUUGAAGGGAAAUAAUUUCGACGCUUUUAUCUGAAUGUACGAUAAAUAUCGGGGCCUGAGAUCGAUUCAAGUGCACGAGUGUGUGUUCAGAGUUUAUCUAAAGUCUGUGCAAUGAACGCGGCUUGUUGAACGGUGCUUCAGAUUCGAUCGACGACAGCAAUAAAAGAUUGAUCUAAAAAGUCGUUCUUUAUUAGGUGAAGUAUUAUCGUGUCACGUAAUUAGAUAAAAUCUAAUCGUCGUUCAUCGCAACAAUUGGAUCGUUCGUCGCACGUGUAAUCUCGAUUGAAAAGAGAAGGCAAGUUGAAAACUUUAUGACUUGCGAUUCGAAGAUUCAGCGGCUUCUUCUCGUCGUUUUAAUAAUGUAAUGGAAUUUUUUACGCUUCAAGGGCGCAGCAAAGUGUGACAUACAUUUUCACAUCUUGAACAUUUAUAUCUUGCGUAUCACUACAAUUACAAUUUAUUUCAUUUGAAAAUAAGUCGAAAGUUGUUGAGAUGAGGAGUGUAAGAGGAUAACUUCGAGGAUAAAAGGAACGAUUAUUAUUUUAAGUUACUCACUUUAAAUUAAUCGCCAUUCUGUCACUGUCAAAGGGUUAAUUUACUUACAAUUAGAAUUCAGACAUUCCGUCCUCCAAUGAUUGCGCAACGUUUGACGAUCAUUGACAGCCAGUUUUUGAUACUCGAAUUCCUUAAAUAAUUCCUCUAAUAUACUAAGAUAUUCAAUCAACAGGAUCACCGGAUUAAAGUCAAUGUUUCUGGAAAAUUUCUAGCACUAGAUUGUAAAAUUCGAUCGAGACUUAGGUGAAGUUAAAUCAACAGAUUCCAAACAUUCGUGAGAAUCUAACUAAACUAAUCAUAUACUAAAUAAAAUACACACUUGAUAUUACUGAGAAUGAACGAAGAGAAUGAUUUAUUUUACCAUCGUUGUGUUCAUCAAAUUAUUAAAAAUGAUGCCAGACGUUGAUAAAAAUGCAUCAAGAACGCUCGUAAUUAAUCGUCUGGAAAAAGAGACGUGUAUCUUUAGAUAUAAAUAUAAGUAUCUAGACUAUUUAUAAGAAAUGUUUACCAAAAAAAAAAAAAAAAAAGAGAAUGAUAAUGCAUAAACGUUAACUUAAAAAAAAAAAAAUGUCGAGACAAUAUUCGCUUGUACGUUUACAUAAAAUAUUGUUAGAUAAAUGGAUAUAGAGGAGGCAGUACACGCCGUGGCGUUAUCGUCAACCAUAUAUAUCAACACUUUAUUAAUUACACACGCAUCAUAUACAUAUAUAUAGAAUUUACAUAAUGUAUAUAUCCUUCCGCAAUGCAAUGUACAUGUAUAUUAAUACAAUUUCUUAUUCUCGAGAUAAUUUCACCGUCUCUUCGAAUAUUCUCCCCCCCCCCCCCCUUUUCCUUUUCCCUUCAAUCUUCCACCUUUUGCAUAGACUAAUAUCUCUUAAAUCCCCGGCAAUCGUCAACGUACAAUAAACAUCUCGAAUUGAAUCUAAUCGUCCGUAGAACUUUCAUCCAUCUUGUAAUCUGUUCGUACGCAGCAUCGUUAAUAUCGCGCAACACCGUAUGUAAUGCGUUGUAUACGUAUGUAUGUAUGUAUGUAUAUAUGUAUCAUUUGUUAUAUGUACAUACAUAUGUAUACGCGUCUGUAUCUGUCUAUAUAUUGCGCACACGUUUGUUACAUACAGACGCAACGUCAUUUCGAAUUUUUCGACUUGCCUCUUGACUCUACCUUAAAAGUUAUAUGCGUCCUGCAUCUAUGUACUUUACCGUGUUUUUGAUUGUGUACUCGUCUAUACGUUUCACGUGUGUCUCUCAGUUUGAUCAAGACUACGUUCGUUUCAAUGAAAAUUGUGAAAUUGAUUGAAACUUGAAGAAAUUAGAAUCGAACGAUGGAUCGAUUGAAUGACUGAAUGAUGAUGGAGCACAAUUCUAAACUUAGAUCCUUUCGACUUGGACGAAAAUUAAUCCUUUGUUGUAUACUAAACUGAGUAAACUUC